UCUUUCUUGAAGAACCCUCUUGAUCUUUACGAUCAAAUUAUAGUGCCGUCGAUUGUUUCUUUUUAUCAUUACACCGAUGGGGACAAAUCGUACAAAGUUCCCAUAAGUAAUGGAACAUAUUAUGAUGAAAAAUUUGAUCCAUCAUUGCCUACGCGAAUUAUAAUUCAUGGAUUUUGGAAUUCUCAUAAUUCAAGGAUCAAUAAGGCUCUUAAAAAAGCUUAUAAAAUAUAUAAUGUUAAUCUUAUCAUUGUUAAUUACAGCAGAAUAUCAAGAGAUUAUUGCUACAAAAUAACUCGUAAUCGUAUUCAUUUAUUAGGAAAAAGUAUUGCAAAAUUUCUUGAUUCUAUUCUGAGUGACAAUAUUUGGCAAUGGGAAAAUUUGGUAAUUGUUGGACACAGUUUGGGUGCACAUACAGCCGGUGUUGUAGGCCGAUUAGUAGAGAACGGACGUAUUGGGACAAUUAUUGGCUUAGAUCCUGCUGGUCCGGGCUUUGAAUAUUCUCAAAAUCGUCUUCAUACAAGUGACGCAGACUAUGUUGAGUGUGUGCAUACCAACGGAAAUUCUUUAGGACUUUAUGAACCGAUUUGCACAGUAGAUUUUUAUCCUAACUAUGGUUUAAAGCAGCCAGGAUGCAAUAUUUUAUGGCGAGACUUAUGCAGCCAUAGUCGUGCUUGGAAACUUUUUGCUGAAAGUUUCGAAACAAAUGUCACUGCAUACAAAUGUGAUUCUUUUGAAGAUAUCGUUAACAAAGUUUAUAUAAAAAUGGUUUUGCAUAAAUAUCCAAGUCUUAUUAAUUUACCAACACAAUAUGCCAAACGAAUGAAAUAUCUGUCAAAUCGAAUAUUUGGAGAAGUCGCUCGUCCAAAUACCAGCAAAGGCUUUAAAGUGGUGAACUUGUAUGAAGUUACUCCAAUUGAAAAGCGUGAUAACAUUCUCAACUGGUACCCUCGACACAAUGAAACUUUUAUUCUAAACAAAAAACUUCGCGAAUAUGGCCUGUUUAGAGAUGAACAUCAAGAUUUUAAUGAAGAAAUGCGACGAUUAAGAUAUCUCAGAGGAAAAAUUCCUCCCAAAAAAGGCGAAGGAAAACUUACCGAUGUAGUUGAUAAUUAUCUUCAAGAUGCGUUGACAAAUGAUCAAAAUGAGCAGAAGCAACAAAACAAUAUAAAAACCUUGAACAAUAUUAUUAUCCCAAAUAUUAAUGAGAAGGAAGAAGAACUCCUUGGAUCAGUUAAUAUAUUUCAAGUAUCGGGUAAUGAUGGACAAGCUGUUAGAACUAGUGCUCGAGUGAUUCAUAAAUUAAAAAUGCCUCCAAUUACUCAGCCAGAAAAAAAGGAGACGCAAAAUGAAAAUUCUCCUGCAAAUCCACCAAAACCAAUAACUCAAACAAAACCUCACGUAAGAACUCAAUGGACCAAUGAAGAAAGAAUAUUUUUCUUUGAUGCUUUGAACGAAUAUGGUCGUGAUUUUGAGCAGAUAUCCAGAUACAUAAAUGCAAAGAUGAAACGUAAAACAUCCUCAGAGCAAGAUUAUAAAACUAAAGACCAUGUAAGGCAAAUCUAUUAUCAACUCUUCCAAAAGGCUUCAAAGUACUUGCGAUUUUCCGAUGAUGUGAAAAAAGUGCCCCAAGAACUUUACACUUUAAUUAAUUUUGGUGAAAUGAAACGAAAAUUGGUGAUGUCAUCAGAGAAGAGUUUUCUGAAACUUCGUGAUCUUGUGUACAAAGGAUCAGUUACGAUUCGAUUGAAAGGAAAAAAUAUAAAAGUUAAAACACCAUGUUGUCGUGCUUUAAGAAAAUUAAAUCAGCUUGAAGGUAACAUUGAAGAUGUUUUACUUCCUCAAAGGAUUGACGUCAUUUUACGACCUACAAACAUGCAAUCGUGGGGAUAUGUUCAAGGAUUAGCUCAAAAUCCUCGAGUCAGAAUGAUUUCUCUUCCAUUACAGAAGAGAGUCGCAACAAUAAUUUAUACAAUGCAACAAAAAUGGCAGACUGUCAGUAACAGAUUGUACGAGAAACAUUUGAACAACGCCAUUCAACGUCAUAGCGUUCAAAGAAUUGGAGAAGAUAUAAUUAAACAAUCUCAAAUUGAUUUAGUUCAGUUGAAAAAAGAACAACCAAUCUUAUGUUUCAUGCCACCACGAGACACGGUCAUUCAUCGACCAAUGGUCCAACUGAAAGAACUCAUAAGUCGAUAUAAUAUUUGCCUUAACGCCUACGAAGAAAGAAUCGGCGCAAAAACAAAAGGAGAAACAUUGAGUUCUGAAAAAAUUGCACAUUUUAAAGAUCUUUUGAAGCAUCCAUCGAAACGAAUGCGCUUCGAUAGUGCUUCGGAAAAGAACGCAAAAGCAAAAAAUGAAGAACAACAAAAACUGGUUAAAACUUCUAAUGAAAAUGGAGUUUCUGUGAUAGAUUAUAAAAGCAAUGACUCAAUUGAUGAAGAAUUGAAGAGAAAAGAAGUUAAAAGUGAAGAAGCGAAUGAAUCAAAACUCCAGCAUAAGAAUGGUGAAUGUAAAAAUGAAGAUAUGAAAGAAGCAGCAGUCACAUCUACUCCUCCAAUUACAUUUCCAUCAUUCACUCCAAAAGUUGAGGAAACUGAAAGCAAACCUCAAAUUCUUCCAUCUACACCAACUCAACAAUCUGGAAAUCACAUUACAAAACCCAACAAAAAGAAAGAAUCUCAAAUAAAUGGAAAUAACAAAAACAGCAAGGAAAAUGUUUUUAAACCUCUUAUUGAUGAAAAAACUUUAAAAACCGUAAGAAAAGGAUGGACAAUUGAGACUGUCGGUGACUUGACAAUUGGCGACUUGUAUCUGAUGUUUGGAUCUGAUUCACGACUUGUUCUCGAAUAUGAUUGUUUCGCUAAUGAUGAUAAUAAAUCGGAGCCGAUUGCCGAGCCCAACGUAUCAAAGGUUGAAAGCAAAAGAAUUGGAAAUAAAUUAAAAAAUCUUCUCGCAAUUGCCAACCUUAUGGAAGGAUCAGCGAAUUCUGCGAUGUUCAGUCACUUUACUAACCAUGCUUGUGAGAGGACAGUUAAUGACAGUAGUUACAUUGAUCAGCCUUUCAAGCAGCCCAUCGGGCCAAUGUUGAAUCCAAGAAGCAAAGCUCAUCAAUCUCGUUGGCGUGUUCAACAUCGAUUAAGGCCAAUUGGUAAUCAUAUAAUGGAUACUGGAUUGUCUGGAAAUCAUGUCGUUCGAGACUUGUAUCAGACUCCUCCUCCACCCAAGAACGACCAAAAAAGUAAAGAACCUGAAAAGAAGCUUGAAGAUGUUACUCAGAUUAUCGAGGAAAAGAUUCAACACUUUUCUGGCACAACUACGCCGAAUAUUUUCUCCGACACUUCUCGAUCAAGUAUGCGUAGUUUAUUGGAAAAUUUCUGGUCAAAUACUCCCAUUAAAAAUCAAAUAUGUGACGACGACAAUCUGAAGAGAAAGAAAAAGAAGAAGCCUUUAAAAGCUCAAAAAUUUUCUUCCUUUAUAAUGAUGGCUAAAGAAAAGGUUCAUAUUAACAUCGUCGUCAUUGGACAUGUCGAUUCUGGCAAAUCAACCACCACUGGUCAUUUGAUCUACAAGUGUGGUGGUAUCGACAAGCGUACCAUUGAAAAGUUCGAGAAGGAAGCCCAAGAAAUGGGAAAAGGUUCCUUCAAGUAUGCAUGGGUUUUGGACAAAUUGAAGGCCGAACGUGAACGUGGUAUCACCAUUGAUAUCGCUUUGUGGAAGUUCGAAACCGCCAAGUACUACGUCACCAUUAUUGACGCUCCUGGACAUCGUGAUUUCAUCAAAAACAUGAUUACUGGUACAUCACAAGCUGAUUGCGCCGUCUUGAUUGUCGCUGCUGGUACAGGUGAAUUCGAAGCUGGUAUCUCAAAGAACGGACAAACUCGUGAACACGCAUUGUUGGCCUUCACUUUGGGUGUCAAGCAACUUAUCGUUGGUGUCAACAAGAUGGAUUCAACUGAACCUCCAUACUCUGAAGCUCGCUUUGAGGAAAUCAAGAAGGAAGUUUCUUCAUACAUCAAGAAGAUCGGUUACAACCCAGCAACUGUUGCUUUCGUUCCAAUCUCUGGUUGGCAUGGAGACAACAUGUUGGAACCAUCUGAGAAGAUGCCAUGGUUCAAGGGAUGGGCUGUUGAACGCAAGGAAGGAAAGGCAGAUGGAAAAUGCUUGAUUGAAGCUUUGGAUGCAAUCUUGCCACCAUCUCGUCCCACUGACAAGGCAUUGCGUUUACCAUUGCAAGACGUUUACAAGAUUGGCGGUAUCGGAACAGUACCAGUCGGUCGUGUUGAAACUGGCGUCUUGAAACCGGGCAUGGUUGUUGUUUUUGCACCAGCACAAUUGACAACUGAAGUUAAGUCUGUUGAAAUGCAUCAUGAAGCAUUGCAAGAAGCCGUUCCUGGUGACAACGUUGGUUUCAACGUCAAAAACGUUUCAGUCAAGGAAUUGCGUCGAGGUUUUGUUGCUGGUGACAGCAAAAAUAAUCCUCCACGUGGCGCUGCUGACUUUACAGCUCAAGUCAUCGUUUUGAAUCAUCCAGGUCAAAUUGCCAAUGGUUACACUCCAGUCUUGGAUUGUCACACUGCUCAUAUUGCUUGCAAGUUUGCAGAAAUCAAAGAAAAAUGUGACCGUCGUACAGGAAAAACAACUGAAGAGAAUCCAAAAUCAAUCAAGUCAGGCGAUGCUGCCAUCGUAGUUUUGAUCCCAUCAAAACCACUUUGUGUUGAAUCUUUCUCAGAAUUUCCACCAUUGGGUCGAUUUGCUGUUCGUGACAUGAGACAAACUGUCGCUGUUGGUGUCAUCAAAGCUGUCAACUUCAAAGAAGCGACCGGAGGUAAAGUCACAAAAGCCGCCGAAAAAGCUUCAAAGAAAAAAUAACUAGAGAGCCGUAAAAUUGGGCAUGAAGCUGUUGAUAUCAACAGCCAAACUAAAAAGUUUGAUAAGUUAAGAAAUUUCAACUCGAUAGGCAUUCGACACAAUGCUGAUUACACGAUUGAUAACAAAUCUCAACUGAUUUCUUCAACUCCCACUAAAAAUUUUCUAUUCACACACCCUCAUAUAUUUUUAAUUUUUCAUCAUCAUCGCCGGAAAAACGUUGUUCAACGAUUCAUACAUGGUGAAGAUCAACAUUCUGAAUCAUCAUUCAAUGACAUUUUCCAUUUUUUAAAUUUUCAAUCUUAUGUGCUUUUACUAUUACAUUUAUAUUUGACUUCGCUUUUGAAUUUUGCUGUUGUAGCAAGAUUGAUUGAUAUCGGAGACAACGGCAUUGCAGAAAUACAAAUUAUUGAGUCAUGAUAAUAUCAGACGUGAUGCGAUAUUUGGGGGAUGAUAAAAAAGGAUUGUGCAAGAACAAAUAACCAAAAGUUUCACUGAAGACAGGGAAAAGAGACAAUUAAAUGUUCGAUUAUGAAAGCAUUUAUCAUUUGUUUCGCUUACGAAUUUCUUUUAUCAGAAAACUUGCAUAAUUUAAUUUUGUGAUAUAAUUAAUUUCCUCAAACUUAUGGCGGAAUUGGAGAAAUAUUGAGAUUGUUAAUAAAUUUUGUAUUAUCUUUUAAUAUCUUAUUGAAAAUGAAAAUCUUUUUGAUAUCUGUUUUUGGUUUUCAAAAAAAAUUGUUAAAAAAUUUUUGGAGAAGAUGAAACUAAUCUAAAAACUUAAGUUGAAACAUAAAGGCAAAUAAUUUUGUAUUGAAUCCCAUGAGACACUCAUUUACACCACAUAACAAUACACUCUUUGUACCAAUCGAGUAUCAGCAUUGGAGAAUUGAUCCGAAAUAUUACACUUAAAUGAUAUUAUAUUCAAAAUGUUCUGAAAUAAAGGCUUGAGAACUAAAA